GAGGCUACAGUGAGCUGUGAUCCUGCCACUACACUCCAGCCUGGGUGACAGAGCAAGACUCUGUCUCAAAAAAGGAAUCUGAGUUGAAUUAAAGAACUCUUGAGAAUGGACGUGGUUUGUUAAGAAUGAGGCACUUUCUGUGCAAAUUUGCUAGGUCUGAACAUGAGCAGAUCAUUUCUCUGCCAGGGUGUCUAGGUUUGGAGCUGAGAUGCUUUAAAAGUGGCAUCUGUGGAUAAGAGGGCACAGCUGAGGCAUAAACUUUAAGCAGAAAAUUUCCCCUCUACCCCCAAUAAUGGCAGGUGGAUGCUUUCCAGGCAGCUGGAGAGCAUCAAAGCAACUUUACUAAACAUGGAAGUUCCAAUAAGUGCCUGUCCAGUCCAGCCAGGGUUGCGGUGGGGAGGGGUGGGGGUGAUGUCAUUGCCACGUGUUUCCCACUGAGGCACAAAACCUGCUGGACACUGGUGCAAUUAAGAGCCAAGUUUAGACAAGAGCAGCUAACCUGACCAGUUGGUCCCCAGCAACAUUAACUUGUUGCUUUUCAAGUCAUCUCUGGAGGCUGCUGGUUCUUUCCAGCUGCCUUUGUGCCAGCUCCGAGUGCAGCUCUUCUUUGAUCCAGGUCUGCUUUGAGGAAGGGGACCCAACGAUGACUCUGAAUGUCACCAUGCGCCAGGGCACUGUGGGCAUGCAGCCGCAGCAGCAGCGCUGGAGCAUCCCAGCCGAUGGCAGGCAUCUGAUGGUCCAGAAAGAGCCCCACCAGUACAGCCACCGAAACCGCCAUUCUGCUGCCCCUGAGGACCACUGCCGCCGAAGCUGGUCCUCUGACUCCACAGACUCAGUCAUCUCCUCUGAGUCAGGGAACACCUACUACCGAGUGGUGCUCAUAGGGGAGCAGGGGGUGGGCAAGUCCACUCUGGCCAACAUCUUUGCAGGUGUGCAUGACAGCAUGGACAGCGACUGCGAGGUGCUGGGAGGUAGGUGUCCCAGCCCCAGUGGGCUUCUUUCCAUCAGGCGUGGCCCAGGAAGAAAGAGCGAAGAAGAUACAUAUGAACGAACCCUGAUGGUUGAUGGGGAAAGUGCAACGAUUAUACUCCUGGAUAUGUGGGAAAAUAAGGGGGAAAAUGAAUGGCUCCACGACCACUGCAUGCAGGUCGGGGACGCAUACCUGAUUGUCUACUCAAUCACAGACCGAGCGAGCUUCGAGAAGGCAUCUGAGCUACGAAUUCAGCUUCGCAGGGCUCGGCAGACAGAGGACAUUCCCAUAAUUUUGGUUGGCAACAAAAGUGACUUAGUGCGGUGCCGGGAAGUGUCUGUAUCAGAAGGGAGAGCCUGUGCAGUGGUGUUUGACUGCAAGUUCAUCGAGACCUCCGCAGCUGUCCAGCACAACGUGAAGGAGCUGUUUGAGGGCAUUGUGCGGCAGGUGCGCCUCCGGCGGGACAGCAAGGAGAAGAAUGAGCGGCGACUGGCCUAUCAGAAAAGGAAGGAGAGCAUGCCCAGGAAAGCCAGGCGCUUCUGGGGCAAGAUCGUGGCCAAAAACAACAAGAAUAUGGCCUUCAAGCUCAAGUCCAAAUCCUGCCAUGACCUCUCUGUACUCUAGGAACCCAGAGUCACCCAGAUGUCCCUUCGAUGGACAUUGUUGAAGGCCAUUGGGACCAAUAAUCUAUAUUAGAUUGGAUACUUCAGUAUUGUUAGUUGUGGUUUCCCCCAUUGUAGCAGGGAGCUGACGUAUUAGCCUUGUGGGCAACAUGAUGCAUGGGAAAUGGAAGAUUUUUGUAAAAAGUCAGUAUUUAUUUCCAGGAAAAGCCUGACCUUGCUAUUUGAACACCCAAGACUCGUUAGAGGACGUGUUUGGUGUUCACAUGUGUUUCUUCUCUUCUGGAUAGUAGAGAAGUAAAGCUUACAAAGAAUGCCUAGAACAAGAAAUUUUUGCAUUAAAAAUUUUGCCCAGUGUUCUGAUAUGUGACUUUGAGGCCAAUGGGUCAUAAACAAAUAUAAGAAAGCUGUUAAUGAGUUUCUUCAAAGGAGGGAAAACUUUCUAUGAAUCUAAGAUCGAUGGAGCUAGAAUUGUAGGACUAGGCUCAUCAGAAUCGUGACUAUUAUUGUUCCAUCAAACUGUGAAAAGAAAUAAUGUGGACCUUGCUGGAAACAAAGGCUUGGCAAACAAUUUUUGUUCAGUGCCCACCGAGAUGUGUAGAAUUGGGAACUGAUACAUGUAUCCCUUAUAGGCUCAAAAAUUAUAUCUUACAAUUUCUUAUUUAGGGGAAAAUUACUUGAAUCAGAUUCUAUUUAGUCAAACCACCUUUUAUGUUUUAUUAGUUUUGAAUUCAUGGAGUCAUCAUAAAAAUAUUUUUAAAAUCAAAAUUAUUGAUACCCUGUAGUGCAAAAUGUCAAUUUUUAAUGUAUAAUCAGAAGUCUGAAUUUUUAUAAAACAUAUAGCAUAAAAACUUCCAGUACUUUGGUUGAUCCUUGUAUGUCACAGCUCUGCUCUAUUUAUUAUUAUUUUGCAAAAUAACCAUUUUAACAUUUGAUAAAGCAUAUUUAUGAACAUAUUUCUUAAUAAGAAAAAUAUCCAUUUUAUUACCAUUUUCUAUCUUUUUCAAAAUAUGCAAGUUUUUACCUAUAUGUCUUAUAAUAAAAGAAAAUAUUUGAAAAAAG